AUGGCGGUUGCAGAGAUAGGAGGAAGAACUCCCCACCAAGGGAGGACUGGCCCAUCUACCAACUACAAAUCCAGGGCUAGUCACCCUGAUGAGGCCUGUCCCUUGGAGCCCAACCCCUCCUCCAAGGACUCGUCCUACAACAACGGCCGCUCCUCCUUCUCGUCCAUCAGGGAAGACGACACCGACCUCGCCCAGGCCUUCACGGCAUCCAAGGUCUCCAGCUACAGCCACCAGCAGCAGCACGAGAUAUCAUCAGCCCUUGACGACCACCCAUCGCCGGCAAUGGGUACCAUGGUCCAGCACGCUGAGUUCUUUCCGCCCAUCACGCGGCCUGACAGUCGUCUGCAUGGCAACUGGUACCCUGCCGACAACUUUCGAGGAUGGAAGCAGAUCAACGUGAAGGGGAGGCUGGCCAGUAGGAGCUUUGGCGACCUCCACCUCAUGAACCUGGCCUGGACCACCCACCCAGACACGACUGUCCUCCAGAAGCAGCGCCGCCCUUCUGGUCAUGCUCCAGGGGACGCCCCCAUGGAGAGGCUCCCCCUCGAGCUCCUGAGCAACAUCAUCGGCCUUCUCGUCAUCGAUGUGCCGCCAAACAGCCUGACCAAGCGCAACAUCGACCUCAUGUCCCUGCUGCUCACCUCCAAGAAAGUCCACGGCGCCACCCUGGUCACCCUCUACCGCCAGAUCACCAUCCCCCACUCGACCAUCUUCAAGAAAUUCCUCGGCCAUGUUGCCUCACAUGCUGCCCUGGGCACCCUGGUCCGGAGGUUCGACUUCUCCCACUUCAACCCUAACAUGAUGUUCACCACGGCCAGCGAGCGCUCCCUCGCCCAAAACCUGACGGCCACCACCCUCCUCCAGGCCCUGGAGCUGACCCCUCAUCUUCAGGAGUUCCUGUCCCAGGAGCAUAUUGAUGGUGACAUCGACGCCCACGUCUUGCAGAAACUCUUCUUCGGCCUGGACAGGAUCGCCGCUCUGGACUUUUGCGGCUGCACCUCCUCCGCCUUUCGUGCUGCCUUUGUCGAUGCCUUUCCCGCUACGGCCGAGGAGUGGGCAGCCGAUCUGGCCUUGAAGCGGCUGUCGCUGCACAAGUGUACGACACUACCCAGCACCGUCUUCGAGAGCCUUCUUCCACACCUGCCACACCUCACCCACCUCGACGUGGCUGGCACGCGCAUCACAGACGCCGCGCUGGCCUCCAUCCCCAAGACCGCGCGGCUGACCCACCUCAACCUCGCCAAGUGCAGCAACCUCUCCGCGGACGCCAUCAUUCAGUUCCUGGCGGAGCAUCCCGCGGCGGCGGCGGGGCCUGGCAGCAGCACCCUGGCAUGGCUGUCCCUGGCCACAGACGCCAGUACCCACGAGACUUUUGACGAGAGCGCCAUCUCGCGGCUCCUGCCGGUCCUCCCUUCAUCCCUCAAAUCGCUCUCUCUCAAGGGCAGCAGGAUGAACACCUCUCAUAUUCCGCUCCUGCUGCCUCUCACCAAGCACCUCGAAGAGCUCGCCCUAGGCCGUGGCCUCAAAAUCACAGACACGAACACCCUAUUCGGUCCCACCUCCUCUUCUGCUGACUCUGGAGCGAUGGAUGUCGACUCCCCGUCCUCACCAGUGGUGGCAGAGGCUGCCUGGUGCCCCCACACUCUCCACUACCUUGACCUCUCCGACCUCUGGUCCACCGAGCUCGAUCUUCCCACCCUUUACGACACCGCGCAGUGCGCCCUCCUCGCCCGGGUGACGGAGCCCCUCGAGGUCCUCGAGGUGUCCGCUGACGCCGGGCGCAGGCUCCGGGACGCCCCGCUGCGCCGGCUAGGUUGGCACCGCAGCGAGGCUGGGGCGCGGACCUGGGUCGUGCGGGACAGCGCGAGCGGUGGGGAGGUGCGGUCCUGGAAGAUGGGAGCCGAAAGCUGGGGGAUGCGGAAAGUCCCUGUUGCGAGGGCGGAUGUUGGCGGCAUGUAUGGCAGUUACAUGUUCGCGAGGCGGUUGUGA